AUCUUCGGGAUGACAAGCAGUUCUUCCUUGACCAUCCAGGUGCCGUACCAAUCACUGCAGCACAGGGGGAGGAGUUAAGGAAAUUGAUUGGGGCUCCAUCUUACAUUGAAUGUAGUUCAAAAACACAGGAGAAUGUCAAAGCAGUUUUUGAUGCGGCAAUAAAAGUUGUUCUUCAGCCACCCAAACAAAAGAAGAAGAAAGGCAAGGCUCAAAAGGCCUGCUCCAUUCUGUGA